AGAACCGAGAAUCCUACUGACAGCAUCAUGGCAACAGAAGAAGCUCCCGCUGAAGUCGCUGCCGUCCCGGCAAAGGCUCCGGCAAAGGCCCCGAAGAAGAAGACGGCAUCCAAGCCGGUCAAGAAGGUUGGUCCCGGCGCCGCUGAGCUCAUCCUGAAGGCUGUCAUCGCCUCCAAAAACCGCAAAGGGAUCUCUUACAUCGCUGUGAAGAAGGAGCUGGCCGCUCAGGGUUACGAGCACACCGCUCACAUCAAGAGAGCUGUGAAGAAGUUGCUCGAGAACGGUUCACUUGUGCAGGUCAAGGGAUCCGGAGCCAGCGGCUCCUUCAAGGCAGCCAAGGCGGCCGAGAAGCCCAAGAAGGUAGCGAAGAAGCCCGCAGCCAAAGCCAAGAAGCCGGCAGCGGCAGCAGCCAAGAAAACCGCCGUCAAGAAACCAGCAGCUAAGAAGGCGAAGGCAGCAACACCCAAGAAGGCGGCGAAGAAGCCCGCUGCUGCAGUCAAGAAAACCCCCGUGAAGAAGGCCACAAGGAGCCCGAAGAAGAAGCUGGUCAAGAAGGCAGCGACCCCCAAGAAGGCGGCGAAGAAGGUGGUUAAAGCCAAAGCUGCCAAACCAGCGAAGAAGGCUGCAGUCAAGAAACCAGCCAAGAAGUAAACCCAUCCUCUACUUCACCUACAAACGGCUCUUUUAAGAGCCACCCACAUCCUCCAAAGAGCUUUACUCCUUUUUAAAUACUAUAUUCAAAAGUACAUGCUGUUAUUUUAUGAUGUCACACUGACUAUAACCGGACCACCCUCUCCACCAGCAGCUGGAAAGAUAUCAGAACAGCAGGGAGACUUCACAUCCCCCCUGGCUGAGACAGCUCAUUGCUCCAGGUUUAGAUUCUCCAUAACCAUGAACCAUUUGCACAUCUGUCAUUUCAAUUCUAUUUUAUGUAAACAUGUAGACAUCUUAAUCUCCACAAUAAUAUAUAUUUAUAUACAGCCGCAGAAAACAUUAAGAGACCACUUCAGCAUUAUCAUGUUCUCUUGUAUUAUUUACAGACGUGUGUUUGAGUUCAAUUAUCUUUUCAUUUCAUUGAAUCUUCAAAUACUGACCGUCUCUCUGUUGGGGUUCAACAGACACGGGAACGGCUGCCAGACAGACAACAAUUUAACAAACAUCUGGAGUGGUCUCUUCAUUUUUUUUCGGAGCUGAAAUAUAUAUAUAUAUAUAUAUAUAUAUAUUUAUCUUUUCUACUGUAUAUACUUAUAUUUGCUGUUUAUUUCAUUAGUAUUUUAUUAUUUUAUUAUGUAUUCCACUAGAAUGGCAUACAGUAUGGCCAUAAUACAGUAACAUCAUAAUUCAAAUCAAACUUCAAUCAAUCCCAAAGAAAAUGAUCAGCUGUCUAAAAGAAUAUAAAUCAUAUAGGAAGUAAAACAGACAUGUGCUUUGUAGAAAUAGAUUCAUAUUCUUGUAUUUCGCAUUACCUUUGUGUACUUUUUAUACUUAAAGUAUAUCUAAUAUAUUUUAUAAUAAUAAGUGUGGU